GCAUAGUGUCAAUUGGCCAAUCUCUUCUCCCAGGAGAAAAAAAAAAGUAAAUCAAACCUUUGGGAAGCAUUCGCUGGAUGAAGUGCUUUCUGCCUAGUGAGGGGGUCUGUGGAUUUCUAGUUUAUGAUAAAUAGGACUUUAAAAAUCAGGGACAGGAGGGCGAGUGUUCAGGUUCUAGAGCUAUGCAGCUGGAGCACUGCCUUUCUCCUUCUAUCAUGCUCUCCAAGAAAUUUCUCAAUGUGAGCAGCAGCUACCCACAUUCAGGCGGAUCUGAGCUUGUCUUGCACGAUCAUCCCAUUAUCUCGACGACUGACAACCUGGAGAGAAGUUCACCUUUGAAAAAAAUUACCAGGGGGAUGACGAAUCAGUCAGAUACAGACAAUUUUCCUGACUCCAAGGACUCACCAGGGGACGUCCAGAGAAGUAAACUCUCUCCUGUCUUGGAGGGGGUCUCUGAGCUUCGUCACAGUUUCGAUGGCUCUGCUGCAGAUCGCUACCUCCUCUCUCAGUCUAGCCAGCCACAGUCUGCGGCCACUGCUCCCAGUGCCAUGUUCCCGUACCCCGGCCAGCACGGACCCGCGCACCCCGCCUUCUCCAUUGGCAGCCCCAGCCGCUACAUGGCCCACCACCCAGUCAUCACCAACGGAGCCUACAACAGCCUCCUGUCCAACUCCUCACCGCAGGGCUACCCCGCGGCCGGCUACCCCUACCCACAGCAGUACGGCCACUCCUACCAAGGAGCCCCGUUCUACCAGUUCUCCUCCACGCAGCCCGGGCUUGUGCCCGGCAAAGCGCAGGUGUACCUGUGCAACAGGCCCCUCUGGCUGAAAUUUCACCGGCACCAAACGGAGAUGAUCAUCACCAAACAGGGAAGGCGCAUGUUUCCUUUUUUAAGUUUUAACAUUUCUGGUCUCGAUCCCACGGCUCAUUACAAUAUUUUUGUGGAUGUGAUUUUGGCGGAUCCCAAUCACUGGAGGUUUCAAGGAGGCAAAUGGGUUCCUUGCGGCAAAGCGGACACCAAUGUGCAAGGAAAUCGGGUCUAUAUGCAUCCGGAUUCCCCCAACACGGGGGCUCACUGGAUGCGCCAGGAAAUCUCUUUUGGAAAAUUAAAACUUACAAACAACAAAGGAGCUUCAAACAACAACGGGCAGAUGGUGGUUCUGCAGUCCCUGCACAAGUAUCAGCCCCGCCUGCAUGUGGUGGAAGUGAACGAGGACGGCACGGAGGACACCAGCCAGCCCGGCCGCGUGCAGACGUUCACUUUCCCAGAAACGCAGUUCAUCGCGGUCACCGCCUACCAGAACACGGACAUUACACAACUGAAGAUAGACCACAACCCCUUUGCAAAAGGAUUUCGGGAUAAUUAUGACACGAUCUACACGGGCUGCGACAUGGACCGCCUGACCCCCUCGCCCAACGACUCCCCGCGCUCGCAGAUCGUGCCCGGGGCGCGCUACGCCAUGGCCGGCUCCUUCCUGCAGGACCAGUUCGUCAGCAACUAC